AAAUUUUCUCUUAAGCACCUUAAUUUAUGCACAAUUUCAGUUUUCUUUGUUGUUGUUGUUGUUGCUGCGAAUUUGAACAUCAUUAACUGGGUUUUUCCAUUAAGUAAUGAUAAAGUGUGAGCUACUGUAUAAUUGAGUUGGUUAUGCUUGUGAAUUUGUUUGUUUUGAUUGAAUUUAAAGCCUUUUAUGUGGGGGGGAUUGGCAAAGGAACCAUGGGUCAGCUUUUAAUUGGGGAUUCAGUUCAUAGAUUCGAUUGUAUGGUUUGGUUAAUAGAGGAUCUCAUUUUCAUGUGUUAUUUUUCCUAUGCUAAGAAACUCCUGAGCAAAGAUAAUUACAUGUUGCAACCAGUUACUGUGUAGAAAAGCAAGGAAUUCUGGAAAUCAAAUAUAUACAAAAUUUUUGUAAUUGGUUCCAUUAGAUAGUUGGAUUUCAUUGUUCUGCAUUCUAAUGCCAAUCUUUUCCUCCAUUUAUGUGAUAUUUUUGUUUAUUUGGUAGUCUGUGUAUCAUGAAUGUAAUCAUUGUUUAUUAUAAGACGACUAGUAAUUUGAUUUCUUCCACAAGUAUAUUUGGUGUGGUCUUAUUAGAUGUGGGAUUGGAUAAUGAAACAUGAGCCGGUGGUUUCAAGAAAGAAAGUUGCUCGCGUCCUAUUUUCCGUCAACCUCUUCGCCGCGGCUACCUGUCCCCUCUUUUAGGCUGUCGUUCAUAGAGCUAAGAACUCAAAAUAUUCAGCUGAUGAGGAUAUGGAGGAGACAGAUGUUAAAGAUCCAAAUUUAAAGCAAUCUCUGGAGUCUGCUACUUCUCAGAUUAGCCAGCUAGCUCUUUCUAAUAGUCCUACUGGUGUUGCCAAUCUUGCAGCUGUUUUUCUGUUCCCGCUUUUCAUAAAUUAUUUUCAGAUGGGUGUCACUGGAGCAGCCACUGCCACUGUUGUGUCUCAAUACAUAGGUAGCUUCUUGAUGAUUUGGUUUCUUAGCAAGAGAGUAAUAUUAUUACCUCCAAAAUUUGGAGAUCUGAAGUUUGGGGUCUAUUUAAAAUCUGGUGGAUUUCUGAUUGGAAGAACUGUGGCUGUUUUGAUAACUAUGACGAUUGGGACCUCGAUGGUUGCUCGUCAAGGUCCUCUAGCUAUGGCUGCUCAUCAAAUCUGUAUGCAAGUGUGGUUGGUUGUCUCUCUUUUAACUGAUGGAUUGGCCGCAUCUGGUCAGGUCUACACUCCGAGGAAUGCGCCUAUACUAGUGAGGAAAUUGAUGUGGUUCGUGAGCAACGGGCUAAGUGUUUUACCCGCAAGUAUUUACUAUUGGCUUGAGCGCGCUUGAUCGAGGUGGUUUAGUUGUUAUAGAACAAUCGUUUCCAUUAAAAUGUAUGCGUACAUUGAAAUUGGAACGUAUAUUUGAAUGUAGUACGUGCACUUUGGUUUUGGGAUAUAUAUAUAUGUAUACAAAACACCAGUUAUUAUUUUUUAUAUUUGUUCUACAGGUUGCGAUAUUUUAUUUAUUGUUGUUGACAGGUUCCUAUAUU